CGUGAACGCGCAUAAGAGGCUUGACGUCACUGAGGCGCCCUGGCUCUCCUGAGCCGCUGGUACUGCUGGCAAAAGAUGGGAAAAAGAUAGACAUCUAUCGAGUAAGCAACAUAAAAUGACGGGUUUUGCAGCCGUAGUCCGAUUGACCGAGGAUUAAGAAUUGACACCGAUUUGAACUCUACCAGACAACAAGAAAGAUUGGUGUCAUAAUUUGUAACACUGGAUUGCUCCUGUAGAAGAGGGAAAGUCUGUCAGCGUUGUCUGUCCCUGAAAGUGGAGAGCAUCAGAACUCUAUUUUAUUACCCACCAUCUCCAGUUGAAGCAGGAUCACCACCACAUAUUAACACAAUUUGUGUAAGUCACAAUCACAAAAUCAUCUAGAUUAUAUACAGAUACUUGAGCUCAUACUUAUUAUAACAGAAGAUGUACGGUAGUGCCCGCUCUGUUGGCAGAGGGGAUGCCAACCAUAGUGGCGGAAGAGAUGGAGGUGGUACUGGUAAUCAGGGAUCUGGCCGUUCCCCUCGCCUUCCCCGUUCUCCUCGGAUGGGACACCGUCGCACCAACAGCACCGGAGGCAGUGGAGGAGGUCCUGGAGGAGCAGGAGGCAAGACGCUUUCCAUGGAGAACAUCCAGUCCCUCAACGCUGCAUAUGCAACCUCAGGACCAAUGUACCUGAGUGACAAUGAGGUUGCCAUGACAGGUGACCACCUUCCCAAAAGUGGUGGGACAGUGACGACCAUGGGGAGACACAGAGUGACAUAUGGGUCAAGGGGCAGCAGCAGUGGAGUUGUGGCCGCAAGCACCCCCAACAUCUCCACCUCAGUGGCUGCCAACGCUGUGCUGCCAGCAGGCAUGAUGGCAGGUGAUGCUCUAGCUUUUGGGGACCACCACAUGGCCUCCACUGUUCCUCAUUCUCUAAGGCAGGCCAGAGACAACACCAUACUUGACCUGCAGACUCAACUGAAAGAGAUUCUGCGUGAGAAUGAGAUGCUGCGGCGAGAAGUGGAAGUAAAGGAGAGCAAGCUAAGCUCCUCCAUGAAUUCUAUCAAGACCUUCUGGAGCCCAGAAUUAAAAAAGGAGCGAGCUCUCAGGAAAGAUGAGGUUUCUAAGAUCACUGUCUGGAAGGAACAAUACCGUGUGAUUCAAGAUGAAGCACAGCAUCUCCAGAUGACUGUUCAGGCUCUUCAGGAUGAGCUGAGGAUCCAGAGGGACCUGAACCAGCUGCUCCAGCAAGACCCCAGCAUCCAUGGCCGGGACCUGGCCCUGACAUCUGAACCUACGGAGGAGAACUACCGGCGGCUACAGGCCGAGCACGAGAGGCAGGCCAAAGAGCUCUUUCUUCUUAGGAAGACCCUGGAGGAGAUGGAGCUGAGGAUUGACACACAGAAGCAAACCCUGGGAGCCAGAGAUGAGUCCAUCAAGAAACUUCUUGAGAUGCUGCAGAGCAAAGGGCCGUCUGCCAAGGCAUCAGAGGAGGACCAGGAGCGGACCAGGAGACUGGCUGAUGCAGAGAUGCACAGGCAUCACCUUGAGAGUUUACUGGACCAGAGAGACCGAGAGAUUAAUGCACUAAGAGAGGAGCUGCACCGUCGAUACGAGGGAACCCCCGAGUCCACCAAAACUAAGGCUCUACAGACUGUCAUCGAUAUGAAGGAUGCAAAAAUCAAUUCAAUGGAGCGGGGCCUGAGAGACAUGGAGGAGGAGCUUCUAAUGCUGAAAUCCAAUGGACUUCUGAGCUGUGAGGAGCGUCAGGAGGAGAUGAAGCAGAUGGAGGUCUACCGCAGCCACACAAAAUUCAUGAAGAACAAGAUGGAGCAGGUGAAGCAGGACCUUUCCAGGAAGGACACUGAGAUGCUUGGUUUGCAGACCAAGCUGGAGACGCUCACCAACCAGUUCUCAGACAGCAAGCAGCACAUAGAAGUCCUCAAGGAGUCCCUCACUGCCAAGGAGCAGCGAGCUGCCAUCCUACAGACAGAGGUGGAUGCCUUGCGCCUGCGCUUGGAAGAGAAGGAGGCAACUCUGAAUAAGAAGAGCAAGCAGAUACAAGAGAUAGCAGAAGAAAAGGGCACGCUCAACGGGGAGAUCCACGACCUCAAGGACAUGCUGGAGGUUAAGGAGCGCAAAGUGAAUGUGCUACAGAAGAAGAUUGAGAACCUGCAGGAGCAGCUGAGGGACAAGGAGAAGCAGAUGAGCAGUCUGAAGGAAAGAGUAAAGUCUUUGCAGGCAGACACUUCCAACACUGACACUGCUCUCACCACACUGGAGGAGUCUCUUGCCGAAAAGGAGCGCAUCAUUGAGCGUCUAAAAGAGCAGCGAGACAGAGACGACAGAGAGAAGACGGAAGAGAUCGACAGUAACAAAAAGGAACUAAAAGAGUUGAAGGAGAGACUGAGCUUACUGCAGGGAGACCUGUCAGACAGAGAGACGUCUCUGUUGGACCUGAAGGAGCAUGCAUCAUCCCUGGCCUCGUCUGGGCUGAAGAAAGACUCCAAACUCAAGAGCAUGGAGAUUGCCUUGGAGCAGAAGAGGGAGGAGCUCUUCAAAGUGGAGAACCAGCUUAAGAGAGCUCAAAAUGCAGCCCUGGAGGCUCAGGCCAACACUGAGGUGGCUGAGCGCAUUAAGAACCUCGAACAGGAAGUGGCCCGCCACAAAGAGGAUUCUGGGAAGGCCCAGGCUGAGGUGGACCGCCUGCUGGAGAUCCUUCGGGAAAUGGAGAAUGAGAAGAAUGACAAGGACAAAAAGAUCAAUGAGCUGGAGAGCUUGGCCUCCAGGCAGAUGAAGGACCAGUCGAAGAAGGUGGCGUCUCUGAAGCACAAGGAGCAGGUGGAGAAAAGCAGGAAUGCUCGACUCGUGGACGAGGCCAGGAAGAGGGAGGACAACAUGUCUGAGAGCUCCCAGCAGGUGAAGGACACGCUGCGUCAGAAGUCGGAGCGCAUUGAAGAGCUGGAGGAGGCCCUGAGAGAGAGCGUUCAGAUCACUGCUGAGCGAGAGAUGGUGCUGGCACAAGAGGAGGCUGCCAGGUCACUCCAGGAGAAACAGAAGCACUCACUCAAACCAAUGCAUGAGUCCAACCUCGCCCACUUUAAGUGGUCUAAGAUGGAGGAGCUGCUGGGAGCCAUGGAGAAAGUAAAGCAGGAGCUGGAGUCCAUGAGGGCCAAGCUGGCCUCAACCCAGCAGUCUCUGUGUGAGAAAGAGGCACACCUCUCAACCCUGCGAGCUGAGCGCAGGAAACACCUGGAGGAGGUGCUGGAGAUGAAGCAGGAGGCGCUGCUGGCUGCUAUCAGCGAGAAGGAUGCUAACAUUGCCCUGCUGGAGUUGUCCUCCUCUAAGAAGAAGAAGACCCAGGAUGAGGUGGCUCUGCUGAAACGGGAGAAGGACCGACUGGUGCAACAGCUCAAACAGCAGACUCAGAACAGGAUGAAACUGAUGGCAGACAACUAUGAGGAUGACCAUCUGAAGACCGCUUCGGACCAGACAAAUCACAAACCCUCUCCAGAUCAGAUGAUAACCCCUCUUCUAGCCCUGUCCCAGAACCGCAGUAAACUCAAGCUCUACAUCGCCCACCUGACAGACCUCUGCCAUGACCGGGACCCCAGCAUCCUCAGCCAGCUCACGGCGCCCUCUCACUACCACCACAGCGACCCUGAAGACUGGGAGGAGGAGCUCCAGAAGAUGAGUGUGGAACAGUUGGAGCGAGAGCUGCAGGUGUGUGAGAAGGAGAGUGGAGAGCUGCAGGAGUACGCCAACUCUGUUCUCCAGCAGAUCGCAGACUACUGCCCCGAUAUCCUGGAGCAGGUUGUCAAUGCCCUGGAGGAGUCAUGCUGACACUCUGACAUCAGACACAACCCGGAGCCAAAGCUAGGGCAUUAUCUCAACCCCAUUGAGCUUUUCUUCCUCGCUCCCCUCGUCCACCCUGGAACAAACUUUCACGACUCCUAAGUGCUUUCCUGUCUCAUGUGUCUCUCUAAUGUCAGGCCUGUAAUAUGGAAUUAGGGAUGUUCACAAAGUGUCGAAAUGUUGUCCGAUAAGGCACAAGUAUCAGAUUACACACUGCAAACUGAGGUAUUCUCAUUUAGUGACAGCUGUGGUAGAUGGUUUACUCGCAGUGGGAAGAGAAGAACUAAAGUACAAAUCUAAUCCCAUUUCAGGCACGCAUUUGUGAACUCACCAAAAUUAAGAUUUUUUACUUGUGGUAUACUUAAGUAUUGCACAACUGUAAGUCUGGUACAGGUGCGUUGGGAGAGAAAGGAUAUCAGAUGAAAGAAGCAAAGUCUUGGAGUAUACUGCCAACCUUCCUCUCCCUCGACAUCUUCAUUUAACAGCUAGAUAAAGCACAGUUACCUCAGCCACUUCAAUCUCAGUCUUUUACCCCUUAGAUUCCUCUUACAUAUUUUCAAGUCAAAAGGGGUAAAUGUAUUCCUUACACGGGACAGGAAAGCACUUUCUGUCUUAGAGAACUGGGGAGCUGCUACAUCCAGAGGGGAGCAGAGAGGAGCUCAGUUCAGUGGGUAAAUCAUGGAGCCAUGAAGAUGCUUAUUUUGUAUUGUAGUUGGUGUUCCCUAAGUUGGAGUCACUAGUUAGAAAUACAACUACUGGUGGCCAAACAUCUGAACACAUAGGAAAUGCCACUUUUUAACCAAAUAUAAAUGCAGCAUGUUCUCCAAAUGUUCCCUCUCCUAGCUUGGAGCUGUGGAUCUGCCAUUGUAGCCAGGGUUAAGUUGUAGGUACGUUUAACUGUGUGGUCUGUGGCUGAGUCACUGGCAUGAGAGGGGAUCAAGGCCUGACGUUUGACGCAGAUCAUAGGCCAGCUUUUAGUUACACUAUGUCCUCAAAUACGAGAGAGAGAGAGAGAGAGAGAGAGAGAGAGAGGAGAGAGAGAGAGAGAGA